UUUGUCAGUAAGCACUCUAUAAAUAACCAUGGUGUUUGCUUGUUGUGCUGUGGGCUGCCACAACAGACAGGGACAGCGUGCAGGACUCUCCUUUUACCGGUUUCCUACUGACCCAGACAAGAGGGCCAAAUGGAUUGCAGCUGUGAAGAGACACGAUUGGGAGCCAACAGAGUACUCCAGACUUUGCAGUGAUCAUUUAAUUUCAGGGUGUUCUAACAAAGCUGAUGGGAAAGGUGAAAAGAAGUCUUUCUACAGAAUACCAGCUGUGAUUGAGACACAAGCAAACCAAGGAGCUUUCUGCCAGGAGACAGAGAGAGGAUUUAGCUGCUUUAUGCAGAGCGGAUCUGAAUACUUCAAGUCUAUUUUGUUACUGGUCUGCGCCGCAGGAGGAAUAGGCCACAAUUAUAAAUAA